UCAAAUCCGAAAUAAAAAUAAAAUUUGCCGUAUUUAUAAUUUAUUCGCUGUUAAUUUCCGUUUUUUCAGUUUCCUGUUUAGUUUUUGCUUAAAAGCAAUACAUAUUUGAUUGCUUGAAAUUUUUUUCCAAUAAUUUUAAUCGUUCUUGUUCACAGCAAUGGUGAAAUACAGUAUUCUGUUGCCCACGUACAACGAGCGCGACAAUCUGCCCCUGGUGGUGUGGUUGAUCCACAAAUAUCUUCACGCGGAAGGCUUCGAGUUUGCCGCGGGGGAUUUGGAUGUCUCCUUCGAGAUCCUCAUCAUCGAUGACGGCAGCCCGGAUGGGACGCUGGAGGUGGCCAAGGAGCUGCAGAAGCUGUACGGGAAGGAGCGCAUCGUGCUGCUGCCCCGCGAGAAGAAGCUGGGUCUGGGCACAGCGUACAUCCACGGACUGAAGCACGCCAAGGGGAAUUACGUGAUUAUCAUGGACGCUGAUCUGUCCCACCAUCCCAAAUUUAUCAUGGAGUUUAUUGAGAAGCAGAAGGAGCAGGAUUAUGAUAUUGUCACAGGAUCCCGGUACAUUGAGCGCGGCGGUGUAUACGGCUGGGAUCUUCGCCGGAAGGUGGUCAGCCGCGGCGCCAACUUCCUGGCGCAGCUGCUCCUGCGUCCGGGCGCCUCCGACCUGACCGGGAGUUUCCGGUUGUACAAGAAGGAAGUCCUGGAGCAACUGGUGCAGUCCUGCAUCUCCAAGGGCUACGUCUUCCAGAUGGAGAUGCUGGUGCGGGCCAACCGCGCCGGGAUGCGGGUGGCCGAAGUGCCCAUCACCUUCGUGGACCGCCUGUACGGGCAGUCCAAACUGGGCGGGACGGAGAUUGUGUCGUACGCAAAAGGCCUGCUGCAGCUGUUCUGCACCACGUAAAACGGCUGAUUGGUGUUGCUGUCUGUUGCGCCAAGGAGAUAUGUCGUUUAUGAUGAUUUUUUAUCAAUCUGGGGACAUUUAUUAUAAAUUAUUAGCAUUCCAUAGUUGGAAAUCUGAGAAAUACCGUAUCGCAGUGUUUUUGGUAGGGGAUUAAAGUAAUGUUUUAUCGUUGUUCCAUUGUCAGAUUUCGAUAAAGUUGGCAAAAUUC